AUAUGCGAACCGUUACGCGCUGUGAAUCUACAUCGAAUCUCCUUCGACCUUUUCCUUCUUAUUUUUUUUCUCUUUUUUGAUUAAACGAUUACUGAUUAUUCACUGCCAAUUAAACAUUUUUUCUUCUCCUUUCUCUUCAACCAUUGUUUCAUCUUUCCCGCCGCAGAAGGAUUAUUAAUGAUCUGAUCGAAGAGGCGCGCAGGUAGAGGCGAAAAUAUCAGGAGCAAGACAAUAAUGAAGCUGACACCUCUCGUCGAUUGCACACUCUGAGACUGUGACAACGACGACAAAGAAUGCAUUAAUAAGUUCGCAAUUAGGACCAUGUGAAACUUACCCACACAAACUUAAGGUUUCCAUCAUUGGUGCCGGAAACGUGGGAAUGGCUUGCGCCAUUGCUAUUUUGAUGAGGAGAAUAGCGAGUGAGAUCGUUUUGGUGGACAAGAACAAGGAGAAGGUUGAGGCUGAGGCUGAGGACAUAAGACAUGCUAGUAUCUUCCUAGGAAAUCCUUUAGUUAUCGGGACCAAAGAGAUUGGGAUGAUCAAAGAAUCAGCAGUGGUGAUUAUCGCAGUAGGCGAUCCGGCGCCGGGCGACGAGCCAAAUGUGGAAAAAAAUUGGCAAAUAUUUAAGAAAAUCAUUCCGGGAGUAGCGAAAUGGUGUCCAAAAACAGUGAUUGUAGUGGUGACACAGCCGAUUGAAGUUAUGUCCUAUAUUGCCUGGAAGCUGUCGAAAUUUCCACACUGUCGAAUCCUCGGCACUGGGACCCUAAUAGACAGUGUCAGAUUUCAAUAUCAUUUGGCUCAGAAAUUUGGCUUGGCAAACAACUCUAUUAACUGUAUGAAUAUUGGGGCCCAAGGAAAGCAUUCUGUUCCUGUGUGGUCGAGCGUUAAUGUAGCCGGUAUGAAGCUGCGGGACAUUAAUCCAAAGAUGGGUGAAAAGGAUGACCCUGAAAAAUGGUACGAGAUCGGCACCACGGUGAAUGAGUGUGGCAGUACACUUAAUCAACAAAAGGGUUUGAAAGGACCAAAUUCAUGGGGACUCGGUUUCUGCACUGCUGAAAUUGUCGAUGCAAUUCUCAGAAAUACCCGAGUCGUACUUCCGGCUUCCACGUAUAUUAAGAGUUGCGCCCACGGAACGGACAAGGAUAUUUUUAUGUCAAUACCUUGCGUGAUUGGAAGGGAAGGAAUUCUUCAGACUGUUAAACAAAAAUUGUCGGACGAGGAGAAAAAUGCUCUACAAAAAUGCGCCGAUGAAAUUCGCUCUACCAUUAGAGAAUGUGGAAUUCUACAAGAAGACGAAUCGGAAGUCAUUCUUGUGGAACAAGCAGAGGGAUGAUUUUCCUUUUGCGAGCAAAAAAAAUAUUGUUUCUCUAUUUCCUACUAUUUUUAUAACCUUUAUUUUUAUAUUUUUCCUUUUUCGCUUUUUACAUCUUUUUUAAAAUUUAUGUAAAUCAUACCC